UGCUCACCUUAUCCGUCAGGGAUUGUAAGCAAGCGUUUGGAGUAGUGACGAGGGAAAUCACCUGGUUCAGUUGGUAGUGAUGUUAUCUUGGCAAAUUCGCACCAGCUUUAGUGCUCUGUCCUCACCUACUUAUACCUUUUCUUCUUCCCGCCAUGCCGUCAAUCUUAAAGCCCCCACUUGCUCCAUACGAGUCCAGAAAAUCCCCGUCAAGAAUUUACAAUUUCCAUCGCCGGUGGAGGCCACGAAGCUCAACAAUCUUGAACAUGGCGUUCCAGAUGAUGGAGGUGGAAAAGGGGAUAAAGCGAUUUCGGGAAUUCAAGUGCCGAGGCAGAAAUACAUUCCCAUUUCCAAGUCGGACCUGUUGGACGCCAUAGUACUAAAGUUCGACUCACAGCAAGAUGUCGAUCACUUUCUUCUUCUGUCCUCGUGCUUGGAUUCUAUUCUUCAUGCUGAACACAAAAAGGUUUUAGAAGAAAUGCGGAUUAGUUAUCCCCUUACUCAUUCAGCAGAGGACAAGGGAAUGAUUAAUGAGGAUACAACUAGUUUAGAAAGAAAAUUUGUGACUAAGGUGGAGGAGCCUGACAUGGCUGGUGAUAGCACUACUGGGGUUGGCAGCAUGGAGAGAUGCAGGGAGGAGAACAUUGAACCUGAAAAUUCAAUUUUUUCCAGCUAUGGUCUAGAUUUGAGAUAUCUCUUCAGUUCUUCGACCAACAAUAUGAAGAAAAAUUCUGGUGCAGAGUCCAGAGUUGCUGUUGCCACUCAAUUCCAGCGUGCUUUUAUGCAACUUCUGUAUGAUGCUCAGUUUGAAGAACUAUCAGCUAGGGAUUUGAUGUUAACAUCUGCAUUAAACACUGAUUAUCUCCUUACUCUGCCUAUAUAUGUCGACUGGAAGAAGGCAUCUGAGUCCAAUGCAAUAAUAUUCAAGCGGGGAUAUGCAACCGAGAGGCAGAAGGGUCUAUUAGUUGUUGAAAAACUGGAUUACUUACAGUCAAAACUUCUGCAAGGAAUUUUCUUUGUCAUAUCAAAACCAUUAGGGAAAGUUGGCACCUGGAUAAAUGAGGCUUUCAAAAGUGCUUAUCAGACACAGGAAAUACAAGUUUGGAUUAAGAGAAUGAAACUUUGGCUUGAAGAACUGUCUCUUUUUCAACAAUCAUAUUCUUAUAAAGAACAAACUUCCGAUUAUCUGUUGGAUGUAGACAAACUAUCAGAUAGCGAUCUUCCUAUUUGGCUAGCAGCACAGAAGGCUGUAACUCGUUAUGAAGGACUCCUGUCACCUGUUGGACCCCGUGGCAGGCUCUUAAGGAAAUUGCUUACAUGGAGUGGACUUAUACCCUCUACAACAGAAACAACAUUUGAGCUUCAAAAUGAUAAUACUGCUUCAGAACUUUAUUUGGGGCCGAUUUCCUUAUCAAGGAUAACAUUGGGUGAUAUAUGGAGACCUGCUACAAGGAAAAAUUGUGGAAAUGAUUUUUGGAAAAUGUUGAAAACAUCCAUUUCCAUUCUUCUCUCACAGUCAAUCCUCCAGGAGCCAGCAUUCGAAGAAUUGAUUCUGCUUUAUACUGAAGAAGUGAGUGAAGGAGAAUCCAAAUAUAAAUCUGAGGUUCCUUCAUUGCAAUUGAAGAUCUAUGAGAGAAUUCCUAUUCCUGAUUUACCGGUUGUUUUUCCUCACAAAAAGCUAUCUUUCCGUAUCAUAGACACGGUACGCUUGGAUGCUGCCACAAUAUUGGGACUUUUGGCUUUUUUCAUAAACUACAAAUUUGAGGACAUCUUAUCUUCUCCAUCAGCAAUACUUCUUGAUGUCAUAGCUGUCAGUGCUCUUAUAAUAUAUGUGACACGUGUAGCUCUGGGCUACAAACAGACAUGGGAUAGGUAUCAACUUUUGGUCAACAGGACACUUUAUGAAAAAACCUUAGCUAGUGGCUUUGGCUCAGUUCAUUUUCUUCUGGAUGCCUCUGAACAGCAGCAAUACAAGGAAGCUAUUUUAGCAUAUGCAAUACUGCUCAAAGCAGAGAAAGGCCAGGCCACUUGCCGCAAAAGCCUUGGAGAUGAAUGUGAGAGAUUCAUGUACAACGUGUUUAAACAGAAGGUCGAAAUGCCUGUUGACAAGGCAGCAGAUACAUUGUUAAGGUUGGGUCUAGUAACAGAAACACCCAUUAAUGGAAUAAUGGGACUCCAGGCCGUUCCCUGUCCCAAGGCAUGUCAGGCCCUUAAACAACGAUGGAACAGUUUGCUUAAGUGACUGACUAUGAGGGUUCAAGUUCCAUGUUCCAUGCCAUAUGUGAUGUAAAUUUUUUAGUUUAUUUAAAAAUUCAAUUAAAAGAAACUGUAAUAUAUUUUUUGAUCUCAUUGAUAUACAGAUUUUCCCUUUUACUUGAUUGGAAAAAAAUAGAGCAAGGGUUAAUAUAUCUGUGACAUCC